AACCCUAUAGUAUACUCCAUACUUGACAUACACUAUACUGCCGAGCUGAGUUGUGGAGUCUCAUCGAUCGAUCUCACAAUUAAAUUCGAUCAUAUUCCCUCAUCCCAUCCCUUCCUCUCUCCUUCAUGGCCGCCUCUGAACCACCGCCUGAUGAACAACCGCCGCCACAGUUACCACCACCACUCCCUUACAAGACAUGGGUUUUGAAGGUCUCAAUCCACUGUCAAGCUUGCAAAAGAAAAGUCAAGAAAGUCUUACAAAGCAUCGAAGGGGUUUAUAUAACAGAUAUUGAUGAAAAACAGCAUAAAGUGACGGUUACUGGGAACGUUGAAGCAGAUGCUUUGAUCAAGAAGCUGAUUAGGUCCGGGAAGAAUGCAGAGAUGUGGCACGACAAGUCUUCUUUCAAGGAAAAGAAAUUAUCCGGGAACCCUAAUCAGAGACCGGAGGGAGCCAAAAGCGACGAAAACAGCGACGAAGACGACGAUAAUGAAGAAGAAGAAGAUGACGGCAAGGCAGGUAGUGAGAAUGUCGACGCUCAGAAACAGAAGAGCGGCGGCGGGCCGUCUGUUAGAUUCGAUCUCCCGCCGCCGGGGAAUGCCGCCCCCGCCGGAGCUGCACCUAAGAAGAAGAAAAAGAAGAAGAAGAAGAAGAAGAGUAGCAGUGCUGCGGCUUCGGCGGCUUCUAAUAAUGCGCCGCCGCAGAACGCCGGGCCUGAAACGUCCAGAAUGGCGCCCCCUCCUCUUCAUGGUGUUGAUCCAGGGAGUCUCGGCCAUUCAUAUCCGCCGAGUUAUGCCCCUCAGCAGGGUUACGUAGUGAGUUACAAUGCGGCGCCGGUCCCCGGCGGCGGAGGCGGCGGUGCUCCGACUUACUACUACGCGCCAUCCUCGCCCUAUACGUAUGCUUACACCCGAGCAGAGGUCCACUCCAUGCGAUGCAGGCCGUUGGAUUCCUUUGAGAUUUUGAGCGAUGAGAACCCCAAUGCCUGCUAUAUUAUGUGAUCAUCUAAUUAUCAGUUAAGUUAAGAUGGUAUCACCAGGCAUGCAAAGUACAUUUUAGAUUUUGUAUUUUGAUCACUACCAUAGUACUGUAUAACUGGUUUGUUACGUUAUUAAUUAGAGACAAUAGU